UAAAACCUAAAGAACAAUUUUCAUUUGAAAAAUCCAUGGUACCAAAAAAAGAAGAAAGCUUAUAUCUAGUGAAUGAGCCCUCAAAAUAUGUCAUAGCACUUUCUUCUGACGAAUCUGAUGAAACAAGUGACAAAAAUUAUAACACAAGAAGAAAAGCUAACACUGUUACAGUAGUUCAUCAGAAGAUCUCAGAGCCAUUUGAAUUUAAAAGAAGUUCAUCAUGCAAGGUUUAUAAUUCCAAGCAAAAUGAUUUCAAAAAACCACAGUCUUGUCUAAGUGAUGCAAUCAGUACCAAAAGACUAAACAAAUGUUUCAAAAAUAGAGUGUCCAAAACAGUGGGUAGCGAUGAACAUAGUCUUGAAAGUAGGAAAAUUAGUGAGAAUAAUUGUCUUGAUAAUCAAAAUUUAGUGACUUUUGCACAGAUUAAGAAUAAUCAACUGUCGUCUACAAUACUUCGCUCAGUUGAAGAAUCCACAACAAAAAUUAAAAAAAAGGAUUUUCUAUUAGCUAAUGGUAAAAAAGGUAGUCUAUUAAAGAAGAGCAUUGAUAAAAUGUCUUUGAAAAAAAGAAAAAAAUCAGUUGAUUGCUCCGAUGAGGAUGACAUUUUCGUACCUCUAUCAAAAAAACCACCUACUAAUGAAUCUGAAUCAGAAGACAAAACGUGCAAUAACGUACCGUUAGUUAAUAAAGGAAUACAAUUGUAUGAGAGCAAUAAUAAUUUUAAUUCUGCUGAUAAUAUCACAAGCAAGGAAAAUUUGAAUCCUAUUAAAGCUUGCAGAAGAUCUCUUAUGUAUUAUAAAAAAAAUUCUGACGACAAGUAUACAAAAAAAUUGAGAACUAGACUAAAAAGAACUGAUUAUAGAAGUUCAUCUGAAGUCUGUGUAUCUUCUGAUGAAGAGUAUUUUGUGCCUUUGAAAAUGUAUGGUUAA